ACCCUUUUCUUUAUUUCUUCUUUUAACCACAUUCACAUUCGUCACCCUGAAAACAAACACAGCAACAUUAUUCAAUUUUCACACAAAUACAAAAAUCCCUCUUGAAGCCUAAAGCUAUAGGACUCCGUCUCUCUCUGUAUCUCUUUUGUCUCCAAUGGAUGCAAUGGAAGGCAUAGAAGACUUUUUUGGGUACAACAGCUUAAUCGACGAGACCCAAUUCCCCAAUUUCCUGUGGUCCAAUCCCAAUCCCACCCCUUCAUUUCAUGAAAUCGAAUUCUCUGCUAAUAGUGGUGUUGCUGCUUCUGCUGCUCCUUCAUCACAGACCCAGGAGAAAGAGUGUUCUCGCAAGAGGGGACGAACAGAGUCUUGGUGUGGCUCAGGGGCCAAAGCUUGUCGUGAGAAAUUAAGGAGGGAGAGAUUGAAUGACAAGUUUUUGGAUUUGAGUGCUGUUUUGGAACCUGGUAGACCAGCCAAGACUGACAAGCCUGCUAUACUUGAUGAUGCCAUUAGGGUCUUGACCCAACUGAGAGCUGAAGCUCAGGAGCUCACACAGACAAACGAGAAGUUGCUUGAAGAGAUAAAGAGUUUAAAGGCAGAAAAGAGUGAACUUCGUGAAGAGAAAGUUGUACUGAAAGCGGACAAGGAAAGGCUGGAGCAGCAGUUGAAAGCUAUGACCAUUCCACCUUCUGGGUUUAUGCCAGCCCACCCAGCAGUCCCUGCUGCAUAUCACCCUGGGGCAAGUAAGAUGGCAGUCUAUCCAAGCUAUGGCAUGAUCCCGAUGUGGCACUAUUUACCUCCAUCGACCCGUGAUACAUCACGUGAUCAUGAGCUAAGGCCCCCUGCUGCUUAGAUAUACAGAACUUAAUUGGACAAACUAUAGAUGCUUUGAUUUGCAAUUUACUGAAAGUUUUAUUCUUGUUGACAAAUGUACAUGUCACUGAUUUUUCAAUUUGCCUGAUUUGAUGGCUGAUGGCAAAUGUGUUAUAGAAUUGUUGAUGUAGCUAGAAGGUGCUUUUUGAGAAUAAACUAUGAAUGUCCAGUCUUGGCAGUGUACAUCUUUUCCCUACCUUUUACAAGAGGCUCUUAAUUCCUAACAUGAUGAGGCACGUAAAUUUCAGAUAUUCAAAGAAAAGGAAAGAUCUUU